AUGGCGGCAGAUUCACGAUACACACGCCACUUUUCAUCACAAUGUGGUUCAUUAUAUCCCAGAGAAUGCGAACUAUGUCUUCCUCGCUUAAAAUUCCAUGAUCAGGCACAUUUUGCUCGUCAUUUGCGAGUAGUUCAUGCGACAAAAGAGGGAGGAUCCUAUAUUUGCCAUUAUGGCGAGAACAACGUUUGUCAGAAGCUACCAUUGGAAGGAGUAUCUGACGACGAUUACGAGACACAUAUACGUCGUGUUCAUUGUGUGCCUCUUCAACAGUCCAAACUCGCUGUCCAGGAUCCUCGUGAAAAGGAGUUCACUUUAACCAGG